UUUUCUUCCAACGUAUGCAGCCAUAAAUAUUUAAUAAUACAGAUUCCUCAAUGCUCUGACAAUGAGAUGAAUACUUCUCAAUACAAAGGCCUCCAGUUGUGUUCCAGUGACCAAAUAUUGCUCCAACUUCAGUCUGUGUUUAGCUGUUGUGUGAUAAGCUGGAGCUGUGGGCUGUCAGAGCACAAAAUGGAAGCUGUUCAGGUCGCAGUGAUCCCAUCCCAUCGUGGAGCCCUGUGUGGUGCCAGGUUGUGAGCAGGUGGCUGGCAGAGCUCAGUCCCAAAGCUCAGUCCUGGGAAGGAGCCACAUCCCUUCUGUGUCUCUGGUUUGUGUACAGGUGUUGUCCUGGAAUCUCCAGCAAGUUCUAAUAGAGGAGGGGAUGUGUCACAAAGCAGGCAGGGCUGUUCUUCAGAACGGCAGGUCAUGGCAACGCAGUGUUUGCUUUCCUCGUGCUAGCCUGAGUGCCAUGCCUGGGCCUUGAUGCUUCUAGGAACAGCUAUUGAAAAUGGCAGAGAGAGCUGGAAAUGAAGAAGCAGUUCAUCUAAGCAGCUUCCAUAGCCACAGAGGGAAAGACCGAAUAAACCGCAGGGAUGAAGGUCUUAUCACAAUAUCAGAUUCCUCGGAUGAAGAAUUACCUUUGCAGGAAUCACCAGCAGAGCAGCAGCACGAGGAUGAUGAUGAUGAUGAUGAAGAUGAUGAAGAUGUGGUCAUCUUGGCAGAGACCUCCAAACCUCAGCAGCUUGUGCGCCCCAACGUCAUCAGACCUGCUGCUCAGUGGCAGGGUGCAAAUGCUGUGGGAGAAGGAGGAUCUAAAAGCGCUUUAGGGCCUUUGGGGAGCGUGUGUGUGCAGGAUGUCUCAGCUCUGCUUUGCCAGAAAGACCUCACAGUGCAGAGCAGUGCUGGACCAAGCAAGGAGGAGAGCGUAGACUUUGCCUUGUGGCAGCCUGGACCACCUGAGCCAAAUGGCCCCAGGUCUGAACUUACGAGUGACCCUGAGCCUGGUCCGAGUUUGUUUCCAGCAAUAAAAAUGAGCCCGCAGCUUGUUAACAGGGAGAUCGUUAGUCUGGGGAAAGCAGACUUUCCUCCACAGCAAGGGGAAAAGGUGGAAGCCCAGGGCUGGCAAGGGGAGGACUUGAAGCCAGAGCUCUCACAGAACAUUGAUGGAACAGCUGCUGCAACCACAGUGCAGGAGACCCAGGACAGCAGCCCACUGGCUCCCCCCUGCCUCCAGCUGCUGGACACAGAGCCACACACUGUGCUGAGUGGCUGUGCUCCGCAGCAGGGGCAGCCCGAGGCAGGCUCAGCAUCUCUGAGGGCGUUUGGAGAGGAGGCUCCAGGGCCGGCCUUCCCCAGACCGGAGCCGCAGCAGGAUGGCAUCCCGGGUCCUGCUUCGCCACAGCCAGCACAUCCACCAGAGGAGACGAGGGGUCAGCAGGCGACAGACAACGAGCGGCCGGGCCCAGCCUUCCCUGCACAGGGCUCACGUGAACUGGGUUCUAGCAGUGUGCCAGAACAAGGGGCUGCUGGACAGGAGGACCAGAACUUCACAGCCCUGCUCAUCAGAGAGACAGAAGCGAGAUUUCCAGAUGUGAGGAAGGAAUACAUCGAAGAGCUAAUCAGCAUCAAGGACUGCUAUGACUUAAAUGUGCUUUGUAACUUCCUUCUGGAAAAUCCAGAUUACCCGAAGAAGGAAGGCAGGAUGGUUUUAAAUCCCAGCAGCAGCCUGCUUGCCAGCCAAGAUGAGACAAAGGUGCCCAAAGUGGACUACUUUGACUUCUCCAAGCUUGCCCCGCUCGAUCAGCGGUGCUUCAUUCAGGCAGCUGACCUUCUCAUGGCAGACUUCAAGAUGCUGAGCAGCCAAGACAUUAAGUGGGCACUACACGAACUCAAGGGACACUAUGCAAUUACACGAAAGGCCUUUUCAGAUGCCAUCAAAAAAUGGCAGGAGCUGUCUCCAGAAACCAGUGGGAAACGAAAAAGGAGAAAAGAAAUGAAUCAGUAUUCGUAUAUCGACUUCAAAUUUGAGCAAGGUGACGUGAAGAUUGAGAAGCGGAUGUUCUUCCUGGAGAAUAAGAGGCGGCACUGGAGGACCUAUGACAAGCUCUCACUUCUCCCACCAGUGCUACUGGAGCAGGAAUUCUAUGAGCAAAAAGUUAAAGAGAUGGCAGAGCAUGCAGACUUUCUCCUUGCUCUGCAGAUGAAUGAGGAGCAGUAUCAGAAGGAUGGUCAGAUGAUAGAGUGCCGCUGUUGUUAUGGGGAGUUUGCUUUUGAAGAGCUAACCCAGUGUGCAGAUGGUCACUUGUUCUGCAAGGAGUGCCUAAUUAAAUACGCUCAGGAGGCAGUCUUUGGCUCUGGGAAGUCAGAGCUCAGCUGCAUGGAAGGCAGUUGCACGUGUUCGUUCCCCACCAGUGAACUGGAGAAGGUGCUUCCAGAAACCAUCCUGUGUAAAUACUACGAGCGGAAAGCCGAGGAGGAGGUGGCUGCUGCCUGUGCAGAUGAGCUUGUCAGGUGUCCCUUCUGUAACUUCCCAGCUUUACUGGACAGCGAUGUGAAGAGGUUCAGCUGCCCUAAUCCCCGCUGCAGAAAGGAAACAUGUCGGAAGUGCCAGGGGCUGUGGAAGGAGCACAUGAACCUCACCUGCGAGCAGCUGGCUGAGAAGGACGACAUCAAGUAUAGGACAUCCAUAGAAGAGAAAAUGACAGCAGCUCGAAUCAGAAAAUGCCACAAGUGUGGGACCGGCCUGAUCAAAUCAGAGGGCUGCAACCGCAUGUCGUGCCGCUGCGGAGCUCAGAUGUGCUACCUGUGCAGGGCUGCCAUCAAUGGCUACGACCACUUCUGCCAGCACCCCCGCUCACCUGGUGCUCCCUGCCAGGACUGCACCAAGUGCUCUCUCUGGACGGAUCCCACAGAGGAUGACGAGAAGAUAAUUCAAGAGAUUCAGAAGGAGGCUGAAGAGGAGCAGAGGAAGAAAAAUGGAGAGAACAGCUUCAAGCGGAUCGGCCCUCCGGUGGAAAAGCCCAUGGAGAAAAUGCAGAGAAUUGAAGUCAUCCCCAGACCCGUUCCUCAGAACCUCCAUCAGCCACGGAUGCCUCCUUACCCCUUUGUGCACCCUCCUUUCCCUCUGCCUCCCGUCCGUCCCAUGUACAACAACAUCCCCCUCAACAUCGGCCCCAUCCCUGCCCCCUACGUGCCCCCAUUGCCCAACAUGAGGGUGAACUAUGAUUUUCCCCAGAUCAACGUUCAGCUGGAGCACAACUUGCCUAUGCACUUCGGCCCUCAGCCUCGGCACCGCUUCUGACCUGGUUUGAAUAGUGUUGGUCACUGCAGGACGAAGCCCCCCAGUAACAUCACCCCGUCCUGCUACAGCCCCCACCAUAACCAGCUGCAAGGGGAGCUGCUGUGACUCACACACACCUGCACUACACCCUUAUCUAUAGCUUCUCCGGACCUUUACAAUCAAACAUUUCAACCUGUCCUGCAACAGGGCUUGGUGCUGCAUUUCCAAGGUCUCUUCCUAUGUUGGGAGUCCUUUUUUAUUUUGUUGGUUUUUUUUGGUUUUUUUUUUUGGUUUUUUAUUUUUAUUUGGCAAAGACUAUUCAGACAGCUGCUGGGAGGGUAAAUGAGACUUAUGGAGCACAGGGGAUACAGAAGAUCCUUGGGAGUCUUCCAAAACUCCAACCUCCCUGCUGGCCAGAGCAGCUGCAACAGCCUGAGUCCUGUGGGAAGGGAGGAGGGACUUGGCACCUGAGUAAGACCUUCAGGAACAAGGUAAUGGGACUUGGCUGCCCUAAGCCCAAGGUUUGGGGUUCCCGUCUUCUCCAGCAUCCCUGUAACCUGCUAACACCUCCCAGCAGAAAUAAAUUGUUCCAAACCAAGUUAACAUAGUGUAUUUAGCAUUUCUCACUCUGCAAGGAGUGAGGGGAUGCAGCAGCCAUUUCAUUUCUCAGUUCUUGUCCUGCAGCCCACAGCCACAUCCCAUCUCAGGGCUCCAGGAAGCAGAAAACUCGGCCACCCCGAUCCUUGAGAGCACAGUUUGCCCCUCCUGGGGGCUCAGGUGUUCUUCCCCAGCAGGAAGCUGCCCCCAGCAUCCAGCACAUGCCCUUCCUUUUGCUGUUCCCAUGCGGAACAUGCCAGUUUCUGGCAUCAGUCAGGGAUAGGUAAUAGGCAGCUGUGUGUGAUGUGUGCUGUGGUGUAAGUGUUGGUAACCACCAGCAUCUUCUGCUCACAGUGGCUGUGCUUUGUGUCUGGGACAGCCCCAACAAGAGGGGCAAACCCAGCAGGAGCUCCAGGCUGGCUCUUACCCACCCCGUGUGCAGUAGUUCCCGGGUUGUUUGGGCUGUGCUGCAUCCUGCUGUCCCCUGCUGAGAACCAGCCUGCAGCUCCCUGCUGCCUUUCCCCCACGUCCCACCAUCCAGGUGUCCCCAGGCUGUUUGUUUGUCAGGUAGCAUUUCCUUGUCUUGCAGAGUUCAGUCUGUUCUCAGACAUUUCCUGUGGGUUGAAUGUAUCCUACCAAGCGUUCCCAUCCCUCAGUGCCAUGGUCUCUAACAUUAAUAACCCAGUGGCAUUUACUUGCUGCUGUCACUUAUAUCUAUUUUUUUUAAUACAAUUUGUGUUAUUUUUCCUCCUUAGUUAAUUCCCAGAGGCAGCCCCAGGGCCGAUGUGCUUGAGAUCUGCCCACCUCUCUGACAGGUGGGUGGUGGGAGCUCAGAGUGCCUCUGCCCUGGGGAUGGAGGUGGCACUCAGUGCUCUGCUGCAGCUCAUCUGGCUCCAUCUGCUCUGCGUUGGAGCAGCACUGCAGGAUCUCUUGCAGGCACAGUGUCACCCUUUGCUGCUCUCGUGUUCAGCUCCUGUGUGCCCCCUCAGCACAGGGGUAGCAAAAGUUGGGCUUCCAUUCCCUCUUGAUGCUUUGCAGAGAUGCACGGCUCCAUUGCAACCUCAGCCUGAGCAGGGAGAAGCGCAGAGAUAAAGGGACAGGAGUGUGGUGGUGAGGAGGUACCGGAGGUGGCAUGGGGGGGUGGUGGUGCCUGGGGUGUGUCCCCAUGGCUGGGGCUCUGUCCCCAUGUCUGUGGGUCAGCACCAUCACCUCCAUGGGGCACAGGGCUCAUCCUGCUGCCCCAGAGUGAUGUCCCACUGCAGGGAGAGCUGUGGUGGGUUAAAGAGAGGGGCAGGGAUGGGGCUGUUCCCCUGCAUGGCCAUGGUGCCCUGUGCCUGGGCUGCUCCUUCCCUCUGGCCUGGGAGAUGCCCAGCGGUGCUUCCUGAUCAUGUUUGCGUCCAUUGCUGGUUUGGGUUGUUCUGUUACAAAAGCAAAAACCCUGCACAGCUGGCAGAGCCCUGGGUCUGGUUGUGUCCCCUCGUGCCCUGGAGGAGCCGUGGCUGCAUCCUUUACCAGGUACUCAUUAUGGUUAAUUGCGGUGUCCCAUUUAACUUGCCUUAAAGGUGGGAAGAGAAACCUUAGUAUUUGCACUUAGCAAAAUGUCCUGUUAAGAGAAACAAACCCUGUAAAGACGUGCAUGUUCUGCAACUUUGUAUAACAUUAAGCCGAAAGCAAAUAGGUUGGUUUAUUGAAAUAAAAUAAAGGAAUAUUUUUAUUUACCUUCUGGUAGUAAAAACCCUUCUCAUAUCCGGUGUGUACAGAGGUUGCCCUGUAUUAUAUUGUAACUUGGAUUUUUUUCUUCUUUUUUUUUUUUUGUAAAUAAAUCUGUGCAUUCUGGUUUCCA